UAUUUUAAACUGAUUUUGUUAGCACUCAAUGUGAGCACAGAAAUAAGAUUUUGUCUAAAUAUGAGUUUAAUUACUGAAUCAAUGGCAACAACCGAAGAGGAGAAGAAGAGGUAUUUGCAAAGAUGUGAUUCUCUUCCCAAUGACUUUAAUCACAACAAAGAAGCGAUGGCUGAAAACAACAAUAAGUAUUCGCAUACAAUUCAUUUGUGUCCAAACGAUAUCUAUAAGAGUGAUGAGGAGUUAAACGGCAAGAAGAGCUUAAAAUCACUCAACGGAUACCAGAUUUUAAUAUUAAUAUUACUAUCUUAUGGCAACUUUUGGGUGGCGGCCUGUGUUAGCCUUCAGGCGCCCUUCUUUCCUAAAGAAGCUGAAUCUAAAGGCGCGACUCCCACUCAAUACGGGUUCGUGUUUGGCGUCUAUGAGCUGAUGAUUGCCGUCACUUCACCACUCUUUGGCAAAAUGAUUGCAUCCGUGUCUCCGAUACUAUUCUGCGAAUUAGGACUCUUUAUAUCGGGAAUCAGUACUGUUUUGUUCGGACUCUUAGAUAGGCUGGAGAUCGGCAAUGAUUUUAUUAUCAUGUGUUUCGUCGUCCGCAUCAUUGAAGGCGUCUCUUCGGCCGCAUUCAUGACCGCCUCAUACGCUAUAAUGACCAAAGAGUUUCCCGACAGAAUCGCCACCACUUUCUCACUGUUGCAGACAUUCUUCGGUUUGGGUCUCAUAUUAGGGCCAACACUCGGGGGAGCGCUCUAUCAAUGGGGAGGCUUUAUAUUGCCGUUUGUAGUGUUGGGUUCGUUCCUACUAUUGGGCGGUGUUUUCACAUUUUUAUUGCUCGAAACGUGUGAUAAACCCCCGGAACAGGAAUCGGGAAAUUUUAUAGCAUUUAUGUCAGACUCGGGAGUACUGUUGGACGCCCUGGCGAUCGCCACAUCACUGAACUUCAUAGGCUUUAAUGCGGCCACACUUGAGCCACAUCUGAGACAAUUUAAUUUAAGGCCAAUUGAUCCGAAAAAACUUUGUUUAUUUGGUUGUCUGUUAUCUAUUGUCGGUUACGUAUAUAUCGGUCCUCAAGAGUUCAUCGAGUUUGAGCCACAAUUAUGGUUAAUUACUCUGUCUCUGGUGUUCAUUGGGUUUGGGUUGGCCUCCAAAUUGGUCACAGCGUUCAUCAGUGCGUUAAACGAUGCGAUCCAUAGGCGCGGCUUUCCCGACAAUAUAUCGACUUACGGCUUAGUGUCGGCCAUGUAUUUCUCGGCCAACUCUAUGGGUGCAUUUAUUGGGCCCACACUCGGCGGUUAUCUUAUCGAGACAGUAGGCUAUAGGAGCGGAACUUUUGUUAUACUUAUGAUCGAUGUUAUAUUGACAAAAGUCGGAAAAACCAAACUUUUACAAAAAUAUUGUAUUGCCCGAAAGGCGUUGAAC